GUGGCGGGCACAUAAGAGCUCGGGGAGGGAGCGCUGGUGGAAGGUUUAGUCGUCUGUUUUGGGGCGCUGCGCGGCCGCUUAACAGAGUGAUUAAUUGCAUUAUUUUUGUUCUGCAGUUGUAUUUUUUUUUUAACCCCAAACUUAUUUAGUUUUUGUUUCGUUUUUGCAUCGAAACCUUUCUGUCGCGGCAAAGCGCGGGGAGAGAGGAGGAGAGAUGUGGAGGAAAGCGUUCCUAGUCGCCCUCUGCCUCUGUCUGCGCUGGGUAGCUGUUCUCGGUGGCGGCGCAGAAACUGAGACCAGUUUCGAGGGAAUUGAGAGCAAGUUUUCCUUACGGACGCCUGCAGAACCAGAUGAGGAUGUCUGCUACCUGAUUCCUGGGCAGGUUGACAGCCUGGCACAGUGCAACUUCAAUCAUACCAGUAAAACCUUUGUGGUGAUCCAUGGGUGGACGGUGACAGGAAUGUAUGAAAGUUGGGUCCCAAAGCUGGUGGAUGCUUUGUACAAGAGGGAACCUGAUUCAAAUGUCAUUGUGGUGGACUGGCUAGUUCGAGCUCAGCAGCACUACCCAGUAUCUGCUGCAUACACUAAGCUGGUGGGAAAGGAUGUUGCUACGUUUAUUGACUGGAUGGAGGAGCAAUUCAAUUAUCCUCUCAACAAUGUUCACUUGCUGGGGUACAGUCUUGGUGCUCAUGCUGCUGGGAUUGCUGGGAGUCUGACUAAGAAGAAGGUGAACAGAAUUACUGGGCUGGAUCCAGCUGGUCCUUCCUUUGAGUAUGCCGAUGCUGUCACCCGCCUCUCCCCGGAUGAUGCUGACUUUGUGGAUGUACUACACACUUACACUCGAGGUACUCCAGAUCGCAGCAUUGGGAUCCAGAAGCCUGUUGGACACAUUGAUAUUUAUCCUAAUGGUGGAGGUUUCCAGCCAGGUUGCAACUUGGGAGAAGCACUCCGUCUGAUUGCUGAAAAAGGCUUUGCAGAUGUGGAUCAGCUGGUGAAAUGCUCCCAUGAAAGAUCCAUCCACCUCUUCAUUGACUCACUCCUUUAUGAAGAAAAGCCCAGCAUGGCCUACCGCUGCAACACAAAGGAGGCCUUUGAGAAGGGUCUUUGCCUGAGCUGCCGGAAGAACCGCUGCAACAAUUUGGGUUACAAGGUCAACAGAGUGAGGACGAAGAGAAACACCAAAAUGUAUUUGAAGACUCGUGCUCAGAUGCCAUACAAAGUCUUUCAUUACCAGGUCAAGAUUCAUUUCUUUGGAAAGGCUAAUACAACCAAGACAAACCAGCCAUUCCUGAUCUCUCUCUAUGGCACUCUAGAUGAGAGUAAGGACAUUGCUUUUACACUGCCUGAAGUGUCUUCAAACAAGACCUUCUCCUUCCUGAUUUACACAGAAGUGGACAUUGGUGACCUGCUUAUGCUGAAGCUGCAGUGGGAGAAAGAUACCUUCUUCAGCUGGUCAGACUGGUGGACUCCUUUUACUUUUGACAUCCAGAGAGUCAGAGUGAAGUCUGGAGAAACUCAGAAGAAAGUGGUGUUCUGUUCUCGAGAUGGCACCUCACGUCUCAGUAAAGGAGAAGAGGCAGCAAUAUUUGUGAAAUGUUUGGAGCAGCCUGUCAACAGGAAGAGAGGAGGUGCCAAGAAAACCUCCAAAGAAAAUUCUGCCUAUGAAUCUGCUUAAGUGACAAGAACGAAGGUUUUCCUCACUGGGGAGGAGGAGGAUCUGUUCAUCCCAGUGGACUGGAUAUUCAGAACCAAAUAUAUAGAAAUAUUUAUCCGCUGCUGGCUUUUUGCCUGCUGUUUCUAGCUAUCUUAGGAGACUUCUUGUAAGGAAGUCUCAGCAUACAAAGUACUAAUCAUAAAGAUACAUUAUCCAAAUAGUUGAAAAAACAAAAAGAAAUCUGCAAAACAACUUGCCAAAGGCUUGAGUGCUGGGAAGGAAUAAGUAACUUUGCUUAAUCAUUGUGCCUUGUGACAAGGUUUCUUGACAUCAAAUACUCUAUAGCAAUUUCCUAGUAUUUAUUGAGAAGAAGCAAAGCCCUAUACCUGGCUUUUCUUUCUUUUCAGGAGUCUUCUGAAAUUGGACAGCUUUUUUUUCUGGCUUGGCUGGCUGGAUUUUCAGACAGUUCAGUGGCUAGAGUUCAUUGUCUUCAAGUGUGUGUUUUGCAAAUGAGUAGGUUUCUCCUGAAAAACCCCACCUUUGUAUUACUAAAACGUGUCAGGGCCUGACUUAAUAUGGGGAUUAAUUUUCUAGUUUGUGGUUAUGGAUGUGUUUUACUGGGGGUAGAUGCCAGUGCCUCUUAACAAUAGGCAUGAUCUGUUAAGCUAUAUACUUCUAUGCAGCUUAACCUGAAAUAAAUAGCAGCUGUAGGAGAAGACAGCAGUACCGAAGUCCUGUGCAGAUAUUCAACUUUUCAUCUGUGCUUUCAUUCCUUGAAAAUGAAACCAUCUACUCUCCAACACUCUGUGAAUAAUGAACUAUUACCAGGUGGUUGUGUGUGUGUGUGUUUGUUUUUUUUUUUCCCCACCACUUGCUUACAUCCUGUAUGUGACAGUUUCUCUGCUCUUUGAUGCUGAAUGUCAGCCAUGCAGCUGAGUGGCUGCUGUAUGCAGUCUUCAGUGCAGGUGAAUCCACUUGACAGGUGACAAGCAUGCUUAUGGUUCCCUGUACCGGGAUUGUGACUGUGAGUGACCCACCUUGGUUUUGUUGCUUGGCUGUGAUACAGUGCUAGAUCCUAGGCGCUGCUUUGUUUUCUGACAUGAGGUGGAAUUCAGCAAGAAGCAGGAGCUGUGACAGUUAAAAGGAGCCUGAUUGUGCGAUGAACAAGAAUGACUGCUCUGAAAAACACUUGAAUUAGAUGUGCUGCAAGUUGCCAAAAAUAGAUAUACUGAACAUAUUCUACUUCCCCUUUAAGCAGUAUGUAAUUUUUCUAGUGCUCUGAAAGGUUCAAUAGCCCUCUUUUAGCCUUCUAGAAGACAAACAAAAUACUGGGCAGGUAGAAGUGCUCAAAGGUAGACACAGUGUAAUGUGAGCUAUUGAUGCUGUCUUUUGUAGACUUAUUCUGCAUGUGCAAACUGUGGAGGCAGUGAUUUUUGCAAUAUCCCAUCUUGAAAGCAAAACUGAUACGUAUGAGUUUAUAUGCACAGUUUUUCUUUUUUUUUAGCUGUGGCUGCUAGUAUAUUUGGGGAUAAAAGUCUUAAACAGUGCAAUAUGUUGGAAUAUUAAUAACUCUAAAAUUGCUCAUAUUUGAUUUCCUAACCCCUAAACUACAGCAGAGAUGUGAUGAGUCACUGAGGGUGGGGUUGGGUGUUGAGUCAUUACAUUUGAGACCUCUAAAAAUAAAUAUUAUGAUUUAUUCCCUGUAGAAUUAACAUUGUAUUGCAAUUUUCUCUAAGUGUUAAAUUCUUCGAAAAUAAAGUGUCUGAACAGUUGUGCUCUUAAUACAGGAUCAAAUACAAACACAUACAGAACUUGGAUACAAAAUAGGGAAGGUUCUUGUACAGGAGGAUGCAAGAUUUAGCUUCAGAUGUUAUUUAUUAGCUGUAAAUAAGGUAUUUAUGUGUGUAAAGGUAGUUUGUAUAUAUUGCUGAAGUUGCUGACAGUCUCUACAUUAAUACAGUUGUGUGGUAUUAAUCCUGUAUAUAGCUUUCAAACAGAUUUUUAUCAACGAACUACUUAUACUGUGUUAUUUCUUAUGUGGUUAAAACUUUUUUAAAAAAGGAAGCUCCUCAGUUUUGUACAGAAUGGAAACCUAUGGUUUUAAUAAAACUGUCAAACUGA